AUGCAAGCAUUUGCACCCUCUCAAAAUAAGAUAAGAUAUUCAAUCGAAUCUUCUAGAGACUCGAAUUCGACUCGGAUCCUGAACAUUCCGCCCGACUCAGUCUCCGAAAAGCAGCUGACAGGUCCGGCGACGUCUUGCUUGCAAGAUGACCAGCUGAUUAAUGCCUCGUCGCAUAGCCGCGGUGUCAGACUCAGAGCCUCGACCGGACGCGAGUCAACCGAGUCAGCAGGUGCCCCGGUGGCGGUGCCAAACAACUCAAUCCCCAACUUUCACCACCAAACCCAUCUACAUCCUCUGAACAUGACCGACGUCGACUGGGACUCCAAGACUGUUAUCGGCUCGAAGCGAACUGUCGCCAAAGUCACCAAGAACACCUCAGAUCUGAACGCGGCUCGACGAGCAGGGGCAGUCGUCGCCACCGACAAGAAGGGAACAUCUGGAGGAAACAAAGCUCACCAGGGCACUGAUCACCAGAAGAUCGCCAAACUUGACCGGGACAACGAAGUCGCACCACCCGCCAAAGUUUCUGCCUCUGUUGGACGAGCCAUGCAAGAUGCUCGAAUGGAGCUCAAACUCUCUCAGAAGGACGUUGCCCAGAAGGUCAAUGAGAAACCCUCUGUCCUGUCUGAUUACGAAUCGGGCAAGGCAAUUCCCAAUCCUCAAAUCCUGGGGAAACUAGAGCGAGUUCUGGGUGUCAAACUGCGUGGCUCUGACAUCGGGAAGAAACUCGAAACGAAGAAGUCAUCCGCAUAAUUGAUCCCUUGCCUUGCUGUUGUCGCUUCCGCCCGCCCCCACUUGUAGAUUAUGUCCUAGACAGUUGGAAUCGCAUUCAUUCAGUACAGCCGGGCAACAGAGAUGAAGUGUGUACAGAUAUACAGCUAAGGCUACAGAUAUAAGGUCAUUCAUGCUGGUUGUUCUCCGUCCUGUGCGCCAUACGUAAUAUAAU